AUGGCCGUCAUUCUGCAAGCAAUCUAUAAUGUCUACCAAGAAUAUAUCAUCGAUAAAGCUGAUGAAAGAGUUGCCAACCUACCGCUGCUGCGCUCCGUGUGGACAGUGCCGUUGAUCACCGGGGCCUAUCUGUACUUUGUGCUUCGCUGUGGACCGAAAUGGAUGUCCUGCCGGAAACCAGUGCAAAUCCGUGGCCUACUGAUAGUGUACAAUCUCGUUCAGGUGGUAGCCAAUGCGGUUGCAUUUUCGUUGGGCUUGAAGUACCUGCGGGACUUCCCUUACUCCUUCUUCUGCCAACCGCUUCAACCGGCCGGCAGUGAGCAAUUCAUGACCGAAAUGAAGCUUGGCUACAUAUACUUCCUGCUGAAGGUGCUCGACCUCUCGGACACGGUGUUCUUCGUGCUACGCAAAAAGCAAUCCCACGUGUCGUUUCUGCACGUGUACCACCACACCGUCAUGGUGCUUGCGUGUGCCUUCUUCCUGCGCUAUUUUUGCGGGGGUCACGCCUUCGUACUUGGCCUACUCAAUACCUUUGUGCACGCCGUCAUGUACGGGUACUUCUUCCUCUCUAUAUAUUGGCCGGAAGUGACGAGAGGUGCCUCCUGGAAGCGAUACAUUACGCAGAUACAGAUGGCCCAGUUCAGUUACCUGGUGUUUCAUUUCUUCCGUCCAAUCGUCCUGGGCGUGGAAUGUGGCUAUCCGCGUACGAUCAUGUGGUUUGUUGGAACACAAAAUGUCUUCAUGAUGCUGAUGUUUGGUGACUUCUACUGGCGCACGUAUGUAAAGAAACCGCGAGCACACAAUAAAUGAAUGUAGU